UUCCAAGAAAUUUCUAAACGAUAUUGACAGGACUGCGCUACAUUAUUUCGUAAGAAAGACGUUCUACCAAUCAACUCAUCCGAGAGGUAUAACACUCGAGAAGCUUGCUUUACCUGUCGGGCUGUUAAUCCUCCAUGGCGUUUCCCGCCAUGGCCAUCGUGCUGCUCCUUCUCCUCUUGCCGUUCGCCGAUGCCGAAACGCCAUGGCAGUUGUGCGGCACCAGGGGCAACUACACGGCGGGGAGCGACUACCAAUCCAACCUAAAUCAGCUGUCGGCAGCCCUCCCCAGGAACGCCUCGUCCAGCACGACCCUCUUCGCCACGGGCACUGCCGGCACGGUCCCGGACAUGGUCUACGCCCUCGCGCUCUGCCGCGGGGACAUCAACGCCUCCGCCUGCAACGACUGCGUCGCCACAGGCUUCCAGGACGCGCAGCAGCUCUGCGCGUUCGGUAAGGACGCCAGCGUGUACUACGAUUCCUGCCUCCUCCGCUUCUCCAACACAAACUUCAUCGCGAACACCGACAACGAUGUUUCGCUGAUCCUCAUGAACACCAAGAACUUCACGGAGAGCGCCGACUCCAUGAGGCUCAUGCUGUUCACGCUGCUGAACGCCACGGCCCAGGACGCGGCCAAGAGCUCGAGGAGGUUCACGACCGCGCGCCUGGACAUCAGCUCCCUGCCGACGAUGUACUGCGUCGUGCAGUGCACGCCCGACCUCACCGCCGGCGAGUGCGCGGCGUGUCUGCAGGACUUCCCGGAGCUGACGCUCAGUUUCCUCGACGGGAGACAAGGAGGUCGACUGAUGGGGGUGCGGUGUAACAUGAGGUACGAGAUCUACCCUUUCUACCAAGGGGACCCGACGCUGCGUAUUAUCUCGCUGGCCCUUGCAGUACCGGCGAUGAAUAGGACGUCGCCGGAAACGCCAGUCACAGUGUUUCCGCAUCCACCAGCUGGCGCGCCACCGCCGCCGGCGAUAAUCCCGGCCGGUCCAGCACAAGAACAGAGAGGGCGCAAAAGUAAGCUGUGGAGUAUUGGUAUAGCAGUUCCUUUGUUGGCAAUUCUACUCUGCUCCAUUACCUUUCUAUGGGUGAGGAGACGCAAGAAAGGAAAUGUGAGCUUGCAGUUGCAGGACAAAGCUGGCGUGGAUAGUAGGACUGAAGAAAACGCCUUGGUUAGGAGAAUUGAAGAGAAGAGUUCAGAGUUCACUCUUUUCGACCUUUCUCAGUUACUGCAGGCCACGGAAAACUUUUCUGAAGGAAAUAGACUUGGACAGGGAGGUUUUGGCCCUGUGUAUAAGGGGCAAUUAUCAGAUGGGCAGGAAAUUGCAGUUAAAAGGCUUGCAUCGCAUUCAGGGCAGGGUUUUACAGAGUUCAGGAAUGAAGUCGAACUUAUAGCGAAACUGCAACAUACAAAUUUGGUUAGGCUUGUAGGAUGCUGCAUUGAAGGAAAGGAAAAAAGUUUGGUCUAUGAAUAUAUGCCAAAUAAAAGCCUGGACUUCUUUAUCUUUGAUGAAAACCAAAGCAGUUCACUUAAUUGGAGUAAACGACGUGUUAUAAUAGAAGGAAUAGCACAGGGUCUACUGUACUUGCACAAACACUCCCGGCUGCGCGUCGUACAUCGAGAUCUUAAAGCUAGCAACAUUCUCUUGGACCAGGAUAUGAACCCUAAAAUUUCGGAUUUUGGGCUUGCAAGAAUUUUUGGCUCUAAUGAUACCGAAGGAAACACAAAGAGGGUGGUCGGAACAUAUGGUUACAUGUCUCCGGAGUAUGCCUCUGAAGGUAUCUAUUCCGUUAAAUCCGACGUGUUCAGCUUUGGCGUUCUACUUCUUGAGAUCCUUAGCGGAAAAAGGAAUUCCGGUUCUCACCAAUUUGGAGACUUCCUUAACCUUCUUGGAUAUACCUGGCACCUGUGGGAGGAAGGAAGAUGGCUUGAGCUUGUAGAAGCACCAAUUUCUAAGGAGAUGCAUGCGCUUCCGGCAGAGGCUAGGAGGUACAUUAACAUUGCACUAAUGUGUGUCCAAGAAAAUGCAGACGAUCGGCCGACCAUGUCGGACGUUGUUGCUGCGCUAAAUAGUGAGAGCGUGGUUCUACCUGAGCCUAAGCAUCCGGCGUACUUCAACCUGAGAGUGUCUAAAGCAAUGGAAUCAGCUACAGUUGUUGAGCGUUGUAGUCUGAAUGAUGUAACCAUCACUCAAGACCCAGAAGGCAGAUAGGUCUUUCACCUCGUUCUGUUUCAACGGUCAUCUUCAUCACCGAAGACACCGAUUGGAUUUUUUUUUAGAAGAUUAUUCACAAUUGGAACCUUUGCAGCUUGAGGAUUAGCUGAUAUGAAUGGACAUAGAUUUCUGCACCAUUGGGGUCAGCAAUUAGCUGAUAUGAAUGGACAUAGAGAACAAACACAAACUAGUGCAUA